AUGCCACGACGUGUAAGAGUACGACUGGGUGCUUCUACUUCACAAGCUAAUGCAACAACGGCGAUCUCAAAGUUCCCAAACCCAGAGCAAGACGCUCAGCUCUACAACAUUGUGAAGAAACACAUAAUUCACGGGCCCUGUGGAAGCUUUAACCCUUCGUCUCCUUGCAUGGGGAAUAAUAUAUGCACCAAAAGGUUCCCCAGACCAUUCGUUCAAGAAACACGAACUGGACAUGACGGUUAUCCACUCUACAGGCGGAGCAAACCUGAACAUGGCCGUUAUACUGCAACACUGAAGACACACCAGCAAGAGGUUGAAGUUGACAACAGAUGGAUUGUGCCAUUCAACAAACUCCUAUCGAAAAUGUUUGAGGCACACAUCAGCGUCGAAUCAUGUAAUUCUGUUAAGAGCAUAAAAUACAUCUGCAAAUACAUCAACAAGGGGUCCGAUAUGGCAGUUUUUGGAAUCAAUGUGGAUGAACAGCAAACAAAUGAAAUAAGACGUUAUCUACUGGAAAGAUACAUAUCAUCAAAUGAGGCGAUUUGGCGUAUAUUUGAAUUUCCACUUCACAGACGGUAUCCAACGGUUGUGAAUCUAGCUGUUCAUCUUGAAAGCGGAGAGCGUGUCUAUUUCACGGAAGAUAAUGCUCAACAGAAAUUUCAACAGCCCCCAAAAACAACUCUUACAGCUUUCUUCGACCUAUGCAAAACAGACAAUUUUGCCCGAUCCCUGCUUUAUGUUGAAGUACCUGUCUGUUACACCUGGUAA